AUGAAACUAGUGCAAGAUGUGUGGUUAAACGGUGAUUCAAAGAAGAAGAAUUGUGUAUUCUCUCCGUUCUCAAUUGAUAGUGCUAUUGGUUUACUAGCUUCUGGAGUAAUUGGUGAAACCUUAAAACAGAUAUUAGGCUUUCUCAACAGUGAAAGCCUCAACCAUCUGAAUUCUGUUAAUUCUCAAAUCAUUGCUUUGUUACUCGAACCGCGCACCGAAUCCAAGCUUUUUUUCUCUGGCGGUGUUUGGAUUGAAAAAUCUUGUUCAAUUAAACCUGCAGUUGAAGAAGUUGCCAACUCAGUAUAUAAAGCAAAAGCAGAAGUUGUGGAUUUCAAAAACGAGAGCGAAAAGGUACGGAACAAGGUGAACACAUGGGUUGAAAAGGAAACCAACGGAUUGAUUAAAAAUGUUAUUCCUGCUGGUGCAGUCAAUGAACAUACGAAGUUUAUAUUGACGAAUGCACUCUAUUUCAAAGGACGUUGGAAGGACCCAGAUCAAUUUAUUAAGUCCCUAACCGAGGAAUCAAAUUUUUAUCUACUAGAUGGGAAAAAACAGUACAAGUUCCCUUCAUGUCGUCUACAAAAAAAACAAUAUAUUACUUGUUAUGAUAGUUUCAGAGUACUUGAACCCAGAUACAAAUUUUCAAGAACACCCGUAAAUGUUCGUGGUCCAUAUUUUUCUAUGUAUAUAAUUUUACCUGAUCAACGAGAUGGGCUCGCUGAACUUAUAGCAAAGUUGAUGAAACCGGAACUGAAGCUGCUUCUUCUACUGCUAUAUAUGUCGGUGAAUUUUGGUUGUGCUUUUCAACCACCACCUCCUUCUCAUGUCGAUUUUGUGGCAGAUCAUCCUUUUAUGUUCAUUAUAGGAGAGAAGCAAAGUGGUGCAGUCUCGUUUAUGGGACAUGUCCUUAAUCCUUUGUUAAAUUCGUGA